AUGGUCCCUGCACCGAAAGGAGACACCAGUCAUCCCAGCAUGCGACAGCGCUAUUGCGGCCUCGAGUGCCGAGGCGACAGCUACUGUCCCCGUGGAAGCAAAUGCACGUUCAUAGACGUGAGCGCGGAAAUCGACGAGUAUGGUGAUGUGAAUCCCCUGGCGCGGAAUUACCCGCAACUGAUCUCGGACGACUUGCUGACUGGAGCAUCUUGA